AUGAAGGAAACUGGCUCCAUGGAGGAAGUUGUGACCAACGGCACCACUUGCAACAUCCACGAUGCUGAGUUCAAGCAGGUGAACGCUUCAUCUUGCUGGCCGAGCAUGUCUGGAGGUGGUCCUGAGACAGUGAUUGUGCCGGUGGUGUUUGGGGUGAUCUUCUUGUUGGGCAUGGUUGGGAACACACUGGUGCUGGUGGUGCUGGGCCGUCUCCGGCCAGGAAGACGGCCAUCACGCAGUGCCACCAACAUCUUCAUCCUCAACUUGAGCAUUGCUGAUUUCUCCUUCCUGCUCUUCUGCGUCCCCUUCCAGGCUACCAUCUAUUCCCUGCCAGAAUGGAUUUUUGGUGCCUUCUUCUGCAAGUCGGUACACUACCUCGCCAUGGCCACCAUGCUGGUCAGCAUCUUCACCUUAGUGGCCAUGUCGGUAGACCGGUACAUUGCCGUGGUGCACGCCAAGCGCUCCCUCUGCAUCCGCAGCAAGCGGAAUGCCACCCUUGGCGUGGGUCUCAUCUGGGUCUUGUCUCUACUUUUUGCCAUCCCAGUGGCGCAGCAUCAAGCUCUUAUGAGUGGGCAUCACCAGGCACCCAACAGCUCCUUCUGCUGGGAAUACUGGGCAGACAACCCAGCUGCCAAGCAGAUCUACAAGGCGACCAUCCUGGUGGUGGGUUAUCUGCUGCCUCUAGUGCUCAUCUCUUGCUGCUACACCAAGGUGUUAUAUCACCUUCAUAAAAAGGUGAAGAAUAUUUCCAGAAAAUCAGAGAGGUCCAAAAGAAAGACAGCACAGACCGUGUUACUCGUGGUUGCUGUGUUUCUGAUCUCCUGGCUCCCACAUCACAUCAUCACCAUGUGGGCAGAAUUCGGGCGCUUCCCCUUGAACAAUGCCUCUUUCACCUUUCGGAUCAUCUCUCACUGCCUGGCUUACGGGAACUCCUGCAUCAACCCCAUCAUCUAUGCUUUCCUCUCAGAGAACUUCCGCAAAGCCUGCCGGCAGGUUUUCACCUGCAAGUUCCUCCUGCAGCCGGCCCCUGCCAAAAAGCUCGUCAGGAUUCGCAUGGAGAACUUUUCUACUACGCACUCAACAACGAAUAUCUGAAUUGGACCCGGGGAAUCAACGCACUGGGGUUGGAGGAGCUGGCAGAAUAGAACAGAAAGCUGGAGGGUUACAACUGGCGCAGAAAUAUGGAAAAAAAACACAUGCUUCUUUCGGAUAUUCCACUCAUCCUGUUGACGGGUGUCAUAGGACUCAUCCAUACCUCAUUCUUGCCAUUCUUGGCUGUCUUGCAUAGCUGGUCCUGUUGUGGAUUUUGAGAAACAGCAUUUUAAGAUCCC